AUGAGUCCAGCCGAAAUUGAAAAGGCAGUCAACCAAGAUAUUUUUGAAACCAAAUUUUCCCGAAGAAAAAAAUAUAGUCGCGAAUUUAAUUUAGACCAAAAAACCAAGCAAGCUUUUGGGAAAUUUAUUAAAGCAGCGAGAAAGAAAAAGGAAGCCACUGGCGAACACAGUCAAAUAAUUAUCUGUGGUUCGGAAGACCAAAACUACACUCCGCAAGAUAUUAAACAUGCUUAUCAAAUUGUCCAAGCGGACUUAUUUAAUGCUAUAGUAAAAGCUCCCGAAGGAAGCAGUUUAAGAUUAGGUAAUUUAGGCAAGUUUACUAAAAAAGAACAGCGUUUAAAAAGUGCUCUGUUUAAAACCAAAUCCGGAAACCAAAGCACUUUUGUUUAUUACCGAAUUAAUUUUAAACCGUUUAGCAAACUUAAAACUGCCCUCAGUGAACAGAUAAUUAAACAGUAUCGCUUAAAAUAA